AGAGCAACGGGAAUAGCAGGAAAAAACUAGUACACCUGAUUGCUCGAAAGUCAAAACCUCUUGGCCAGAGUUACAGUUCACACAAUUAAUUGCAGAGCUGCAAUGGCAAAACUGAAGAUCGGAGGGACGUGGGCGGGGGUUCUGGAAGACGUGGACUUGGACAGUUGGACCGUACCAAAGCUGCGGGAAGAGGUGGCCAGGCGCUCCAACUGCUCCCCUGACUCCAUCAGUCUCAUAUGCGCCGGCAAAAUCCUAAAGGACGAUGACGCCACCGGCGGACACGGAGGAAAUGGAAACUUGGCUCAGGUGGGCGUUAAGAACAAUUCCAAGAUCCUCGCCUCUCGUGUCUCACCUCAGGAAGGCAAUUUGCUCAGGCAGGAGAUCAUGGCCGAAGAAGAACGCUCUCGCAGGCUUUCCCGGCUCAGGGCAGCUGCAACUGCAUUAGCGGAAAGACAUGCAGAUGGUUCACUACCUGUUGAAGAUUUCAACAUAGAAGUUGAGGAUCAAAGUGGCAAGAAAGUACGUCUAGGUUCUGAGACUGAUCAAAGGGCAGUAAUGAUGGGAUUGAUGCUUCAUGCAAAGGGAAAACGUCUUAUUAAACAGGGAAAUUACAAAGAUGCACUAGAAGUGCUUAGCAUGGGAGAGGAGUCAUUCUCACUUUGUGAUCCAAAAGUUAUUGAGCUUAUUGACAAUGUUCCAAUUCUGCAAAUAGACAUGGUGUGGUGCUACUUUAUGAUACGAGACAUCAGAUGGCUCUCAGAUGCAGGAAAGCGUCUUGAAAUGGCUAGGGUGGGAAUUGAACGUGCUCAUGGGAAGGAUUCUUUCCGCCUCAGACUAUUACAAGGAGGGCGCUAUCCAGAAUUAGCAUUACAUUUGAGACUGGACCUGCUUGAAGGGGUGGUCACAUAUCAUAGUGGCCAGUUGGACAAAUCAAGAAAAGCAUUAGAUUCUGCAAAAGCAAAAUUUAACCAGCUGCAAGUCCCAGAUGAAGCCUUAUCAUUUCUUAUGAGCAUGGGCUAUAAAGAACGUGAUGCAAAGAGAGCAUUGCGAAUGAACAAUCAAGAUGUGGGAAGUGCCAUUGAUUUCCUUGCUGAGGAGACAACGAAGAAAUUGCAGAAACAGGAGGAAGAUAUCCGGAGAAGAACUGAAAUUAGGGAGCAAAAGCGGUAUGGGAUGACACCGUUGAAGAAAGCUGUUGAUCUAGAGAGAUUGAAGGAAUUGGUCUCUAUUGGGUUUGACAAGGAGCUCGCUGCUGAAGCCCUUCGAAGAAAUGAAAAUGACACUCAGAAGGCAUUGGAUGAUUUGACAAAUCCAGAAACUAAUUCCGCUUUGCAGGUUCAUAUUGAGUCGAGGAAAAGGAAGAGACAGAAACAAGCAACGGAAACUCAAAUUGAAAAAGUUGUACACAUGGGUUUUGAAAGAUCAAGAGUGGUUGCUGCCUUCGAGGUCGGUGGCACUUUAGAAGAAGUAAUCCAAAGACUGACGGCACUGCCUGAGGCUGACCAUACGGCUGAAGCAAUUCAAACUGCUGCUCCUGAUGGCAGUGCAAGUUCAUCUGCGCCUUUACCACAUAACGUUUCUGAAAUGCUAGAGCAAAUUAAUGAUGUGGAAGAUCCGUCGGAUCUCAGCAAAGCAGAAGAGCGAGAUGUGGAGAUGGAAGACGAGCUAUCUGCAGUUAUAGUGAAGACUGAUGCACUGGCUGACUAUGACAUUGAAGUGAACAUAGAAGGGGAAGCCAUAACCGAGUACUUGGCUCUGAUAGAGGCUGCAGGCAGCUCUGGGAAAAUGGCUCUUUCCCGGUAAAAUAAGUGAAAAUGAAAGAUAAUAAAUACUCAAAUUCGUCCACAAGGAAUUUCAAAUCAGAGAUUCUGCUCCUUAACAAUUUAUCUUUUUCUUUAGAAAGAAGUCCUCGACAAUUACUCCCGUCAGACAAAUUAGUAUUUCCGCUGUUCUGAAUGGACUAAUUUGUCUUAUAAUAAUUUUUUAAAGAUCUAAUUGUCUUAUAAGAAAAUUUUCAGUAACUUAUUUAUCAAGAACAUAUAUUAAAAAAUCAAUUGAAAGCGACCAAGUGAUCAAUUUGUCUAUCGAAAGUAAUUCUUGAGGACUUCUAAUGAAUAAAAACUUGUUGGGGACUAAAAUAUUCAAUUUGAAAUUUGUUGGAGGGAUUAAUUUGAGUGUUUACUCAAAAUAAUAGUUUAUGUAAAUAGCAGGAUGAUGUAGUUUAGUAUUGAAUAUUUGUCAUGGGCGUUAUUGUGUGCAUGUGUGCAAAGUAGGAUGAAUACAUAUCUGCUCAUUCACCGAAUACUUCCUAUAGUACUAAUUUGGAAAUUCCAUAUAUCAUUAUUUUCUUAA